CGCGCGGGCCCCCCGCACGGGUCCACGACGCGACCGCGCAUCCCCCUUUUUCCCGCGCGAGCGCCCGCGGAGGGGUGUCCUUUGGGACAUAUAGGAAGCGCGGGGGGUGAAACGACCGGGUCGUGCGCGAGAAGCGCGAGAUUCCGGCGCGAGGGUGCGACGUCGUGGUGAAACGGCAAAAACCGCGCGCGCGCCGCGGACGGAAUCGCGCCCGCGCGGACGCUCACCCGCGACCGCGCGCGCUGAAACUUCGAGGGAGGCGUCUCAGGUCACUCGUCGGGACGUCGACGCCGCGAGAAGGAUGCCGUCCAAGUCGAAAAACGCGUCCGCGGCGUCGAAAGAGGCGAAGCAGCUCGAGAAACUUCAAGCGGAACUCGAGAGGAAAAAAGCGAAGCUCGACGCGCUCAUGAAGAGCGGCGCGGCGCGCGCGAACGCUCAGCCGGCGCCCCAAAAGCCGAAGCCGAAGCCGAAGCCGAGCGCUAAAGCCGCGUCCGGCGGCGCGGAGGGAACGUUCAACUUCGACGCGAACACAGCUGCGCGCCGCCCCGUCUCCGGCGGCGGCGGCGGCGACGCCAACGGCAGCCUCGGGGCUUCCGCGCAGGCCGGCCCCGCCGCGCCCGGGUCGCCGUCCAACGGUGGCCGCGAGCUGCGCGUGAACUCGUUCUCGUUCGACCCGGAGGACGACCCGGUGGUGUGCAAGGUGGUGCAGACGUACGCGCAGCAGGCGGCGGCGCGACGCGCGGCGAUGGAAGCGGAGCGCGCCGAAAAGGAGAGGGAAGCCGCCGCGGCUGCGAACGCGCCGCCGUCGCCGCGCGAAGUGCGGCUGAAGCGCGAGCGAGAGAAGGAGGCGCGGCUCGCGGCGAAGCGCAAGUUCGCGGAGAUCUCGUCCGGGAUCACGCGGCUGGCGGGAAAAGUCGUGGAGUCGGCGGAGACGCGCGAGGCGCUCUCAGGCGCGUUCUCUCUCACACUGGUUCCCAUACGACCGCGUUCGCGUGGUGCACGCCGAUCCUUAAGGACUUUUCCCGGCGCAUCUCUCCGCCCAGGGUCCCUCGCCUUCGAUCCCCGACCUCGACGCCUUUAA